GGGCAGCUGCGUCCGGGUCGGAAUUCAGCGGCCAAGAUCCUGGAUGGUUGAGAAGGGGGGCGGCUGCUCAUCUCUUUGGCCAAGGCCGAACACGAGUGCAGCGGCGCUUCGGUCGCCACAUCAAACUGCCUCAAUGGCUGGAUCGACAAGGGAAGGUCCCCGAAGCGGACUGGCUUUCCUUCCAAGUGGAAAAAGGGGAGAGUACGCCACGCCAACGGGAAGCUCAAGGGGCAAGCGGAACGAUCAUGAGAGCAAGGAGCGGCCCCUUCGGCGACCUCCGCUGAGGAGGUGGACAAAGGCGGUGCCCGCAGAUGCUGAGAGCAUCGUGUCGUCUAUAUAUAGACCCAGGCCCUCACGACCAGCGAGAGCAGUACCUCACAAGAACCCCAUGCCCAUCGCCUUCGACGGUACUCAUUACCUUCCACCAUGGAAGCUGCUCCUUCGCUGUGUCAAAGCGACCCUGUCGCCACCACCCAAAUUCAGCAUACCUCCGACGGCUCUCCGAGGUGCAGCAAUGCCAGCGACGAUACAAUCGAUAAUUUCGCCGCACGCCAUCCUCGCAUUAGAGUGCUCGAGGAAGAAUGGCUCAACAACAACGAACCAAUCACAAUUUUCCCAGAUCAGACAACGUUUCUCGCAUCCGUCAAAAGGCAGUGCCUGCAACGGAAGAGCGCGGCAGCAUCCAAGGUGCUUGAAUCGUACAGCGACACAGAAAUCGCCCGCUUAGAUGAGAGAAACAAGGACAGGUCCAGCUUCAUUCAUGGCUACAGCGACGAGAUCACUAUUCUUUCAGACGACCCAACGUUGCUCAACUCCAUCAAAAGGCAAUGCUUGGAACAGAGGAGUACCGCAGCAUCCAAGGCUCUUCGAUCCUACACCGAGUUCAUGGCCACAACCAUCGGCGACCCUACAGCCCAAGAGCACUACGAGGAAGCAUCUCAGCUAUACGACAUCGUCAUCUCGCUUCAAGAAGCCCUCGUCGCAUUGCUGUCACAGCCGCGAGAUGCAAGUGACAAGGCCUAUUAUGAUGUAGGCGAUGGAGCAGGCGGUGCUGGCGACGGUGGCGACGGUAUGAGCAACGGUGUGGGCGCCAGUGUGGACGAUGAUGACGACGAUGAUGUGGACGACGUGGACGGCAGCAUGGACAGCGACGACGACGUGGAAGUGAUUGACCCUGUGGUUGACAACCUGGUUGACAAUGGGCUCCACGCGUUUGACAUUGUCGAGAUACAGCGAGACAAGCUAGCCGAGAUGGCGCUGAGUCGCAUCCGAGCUGCGGAAGCGAUGCAACAUCUCGAGGGACAUGGCGACGCAGCGGAGAGGCCCUUCAAAAGACGCCGGGUGGACGACGAAGCAUCCUAGGUAUCUGAGAAGCGCGCAUAGCGAGGGUAUCAGACACGUCGUCUCGCUCUCGGGUCAUCAUCCACGCUUCGCUCACUCUUCCGCGAGCACCGCUCCUACCCGGCACCAGCGGAUCGCCAAACCGUCUGGCCAAGGCAGAGUCCUCCCAAGGCGCAGGCCUUCGCGACGCCACCAAC